GAAAAAUCCGUUUUAAAUUUGUGAUCCAGAGAUAAAAAGAGUGGUAAGCCAGAAAAAAUCCUUUUAUGAUAUUUUUCGUUGCGAUUUUUUCCACCUUUCUUUGAAGUUCUCAUUCAUUUAUAUUUCACAAGUAAUAUGAUAUAAAUUAACCGUCUGACAACGUAGUGUUCGUUGUAAUUUUUCAUUAACAAUUUUAAAUAUCUGCAGAGCAGUUAUAUAGUUAUGAAACUCUGCUAGUGGUUGUUGUUUAUUGGAUUUCUAUUUUGGAAACUACAUAUUCAUCUAUAAGAUCACUAUUGUGAGAUGGAGCGGUCUCGUCCAUCGAAGGAUUCUUCUCAACAGCUAAGAAACUCUGGGACCGUAAAAGUGUUGAAAAAAGGUGCAAACGGAACAGUUCCACUAGACAAAGUCGGUAAAAACAAAUUAUUUUCAUCUGACACCAAAAAAAGGUUCUCGUCUGUCAAGAAACGUUCUCACGUUGAAAUUCUCAACACUUCAAACGCCAAAAGUAAAAUAAACUCUCCUAUUGUGGUAAUUGAAAAUGAAACAUCUCAUGUGGACAUACUUCAAAGAAUCCAAGCUGUUGGGAUACCUAAAACAUACAAUUCAACAUUAUGCAGCUAUUCAACCACUGCAACACACCAGCAAAAAUUAAACCAACCGAUAUUUCAAAGUUCUGUUGUCCUUAUGAAAAACCUUGAAACACUGAAGAAUUUGGAGAUUGAAACUCGGAAUUUACUCAGCCACAAAGUUGAAAAGGAUAAAAAAAUGCAGAAAUUAUUAAACUCAAAGGUUUCAACAGUUUUGAAUCCAUCCAGGCAAAUUUUUUCUCGCCUUCAGCCUAUUUCAUUUAAUGUGGAACAGCUUGUGGAUCAAGAUGAAACAAGGCUUCACAAUCUAGCAGAAAAGAAUGCUCCACAAAUGCGAUAUAGGGAUCCUGAAAUUGCUUUGAAAGAUUUUAUUGAUUGUAUGGUUAUUUCUAAAACUCCUAUCCUACCUGAAUCUUCCUUUCAUGAUCAGUGUUGUCAGUUUCAAAUCAAUCCAUUUAUCCAACAUCAGAUUCCAGGCAAUAAUAAUUUAAUUCCAUAUUCAUUUUGGUUUCUGUAAGAGUUGUAUAAAAUUUUUCUCCUAUAAACUUUGUAUCUUAAGAAGUUACACAAAUUUUCUUACGGUUGUAUUUCUAAUUCUAAUAAACUACGAUUAAAAUUAA